AUGAAUCAAAAACGCGUGAAAGAUUCUCGUAUACGAACACUUAUUCCGGUAGACGAAUAUAUCAUGAAAAUAAAUAAUAUUCAUAAUACUAUGAAAUCUUUGGAGGAAAGUCUUAAGAUUACACGAAACUUAGAAGCGGAGCAAUGGUUGUAUUACUCAAAUUUGAAAACAAAGAAUAAAAUAAUGAUGGACGAUCUCAAGAAAGCGAAUAAACGUAACAAAAAUAUGCUCAAUUUAUUUCGGCAGAGUGUAACGGAUAUUCGUUUCGGAAGUGACAUUGAUUUGCCAGAAUCUUUGAAGAGGGAAGUACAAAGAACUUGGCAUCAAAAGUAUGAUGCUUUGUUAACGCAGAACGAGCAAUUAAAGCGAGAGCUUGCUUUGCACAAUAGCCUCCUUAAAGAAAAAACACAAGAGGUAAAUAAUCUUCAACAAAAACUAUUAGCACUUGAUGAUAAACUUGUCGAACGAUACGAAGUCGUGGAAAAUAUUUGUAAAAAAUAUUUGUCUUUGAAAAAGCGAAAGGACGUACAAGAAAUCUUUUUACGUGGAUCUAUUGAAACGUUGCAGGAUGCAUUAAGGAAGACAAACAGUGCAGCUGGAAAGAGAAAUUCCAGAAUAUCUUUGAUAUUUAGUAAAGACGCGUUAUUAGCUUAAAAGCAACCAUUUAGCUUGAGAAAAUUACCUUUCAUGGAUCCCCCUGCAGAAAGUGAAAUGCACGGAUG